AUGUGCCGCCCCGCCGCGACAGACGAAGCAUCUCCCCGCAAGGCCACCAACGUCGGCCCGUCCACCGGCAUGGAGACCCCGAAGACCGCCACCCACCGCCAAGGCUGCUCGCCGGGAAACCCAUCCACGCCGCUCGCCAACUUCCCGCCACCGGAGCCGGCAAGAAACCUGAAAGCUUGUCCGCCAAGACCAGCACUUUUGCGCUGCCGCCCCUACCAGCCCUCUGCCCAGGUAAGGGCGGCCGCCCGCAACCCAGGUCGCCCCCGACCAGCACCCCUGGUCAGGACAGACCUAAAGCCGCCGCCACCGCCCCUCCAACGUGCUCCACCAGAUCUGGUCGGAGAAGACGAAUCCGCACCUGCCGCAGCCGCCACACCGCAAGUGCCCACCCCGCCACUGCCGGGACGCCACGACGCGCUGCCGAAGCCACCUGGCCGCUGCGCCGCCGCGCCGCUGGCCCCCGCCCAAGGCCAGCGCUUCCCGACGAGUGGCUGGCCCGCGCCAGCCGAGGUUCUCGCGAGGAAGGGAAGGAAGGCCCCGCCGCAGCCCUGGCCAGCCGGGCUUUGCCCGGCGGCGCCGCUGGGCGGCUGCGGGGGAAGGGCACCGAGAGAGGAGGUUAGGGGAGGGGGCGGCUAG